AUUCUUUCUUUGAAUUGGCUUAAAUUAGCUGAAAACCAGGUGACCCACAAACCCAAAAAAGCUUCCAUCUCAUCCAAUGGACAGAUAUACCAUAUACAUACAUCCAAAAAACGGCAUUUAGGCUCCGAACCAUUACACCAACCUUGCUUUACCUUCUUGUCAGAAGCAAAAAUGGGGAGGAUGGAGUUUUUGGCUAUGAGAACUGAUCCAGCCACGGCUGACUUGAUAAAUUCUGAUAUCAAUGAGCUUAAGGUUGCAGCCAAGAGGCUUUUCAAUGAUGCCUCUAAGCUUGGUGGUCUGGGUUUUGGCACUUCUUUUCUCAAAUGGGUCGCCUCUUUCGCUGCCAUUUAUUUGUUGAUAUUGGAUCGAACAAACUGGAGAACAAAUAUGCUUACUUCACUUUUAGUUCCUUAUAUCUUCUUCAGUCUUCCCGCAGCAUUGUUCAACUUGCUGAGAGGAGAGGUGGGAAAAUGGAUUGCUUUCAUUGCAGUUGUAUUAAGGCUUUUCUUCCCACGACAUUUCCCAGAUUGGUUGGAGAUGCCAGGAUCAUUGAUUCUUCUUCUGGUCGUGGCUCCGAACUUCUUUGCACACACAUUGAGGGACAGCUGGGUUAGUAUACUGAUCUGCCUCUUCAUCGGUUGUUACCUGCUUCAAGAACACAUCAGGGCAUCUGGGGGAUUCAGAAAUUCAUUCACACAGAGCCAUGGAAUUUCAAACACCCUCGGUAUUAUCUUUCUGAUAGUCUAUCCUGUCUGGGCAUUGGUUCUCCACUUCAUCUAGGCUUUUGUAAUAUGUCUUUCUGUUGAAACUUGCAAACCGCAACAACGUGUAUCUGUUGUAGGCUCCACUUUUAUUGUCAGCAAUAAGCCUUUUUUUUUUUUUUGGUUAUUUAUAUUAUUUGAUAAAGAAAUUUGGUAAACAAUUCGUUCACUCUCGUGUUAUUGAUCCACUAAACCCACCGACAUAUCCAACUACUAUUUGUAUAUAUAUAUAUAUUUUUUAUUAUUAUUAUUAUUAUUUUUCUCCCA